AUGGAGGACCUGGAAGCUGCCUACGAAAUGGCGAAGCUGAACAACAUUCAAGUCAAAGGGUUGAUGUUGACCAACCCGUCCAACCCACUGGGUACGAUUCUCGAUGGUGACACCUUGAGAAGCAUCGUCGCCUUCACCAACGAGAAGAACAUCCACCUGAUCUGCGAUGAGAUCUACUCUGCCAGCGUCUUUGGCAAGCCCAACUAUGUCAGCAUGGCCGAGAUCAUUGACGAGGACCGGAGGAACGGCGGCGGCAAGAACAGUCUCAACCUGAACCUGAUCCACAUAGUCAACAGCUAG